GAGGAAGAGGAAGAGGAAGGCAGAGAAGAGGAACGAGUCGUCUUCUCCAAGGCGUCCGAAAAAUCUCUCCGUUCUCUCGCAAGCCACAGUACUUCCUACUCCUCCUAUUCAUGCCCCCGGCCCCGAAUUGGAUACGCUGGUUAUUUCAGAACAAAAGUCAGUUUAGAUUCGACUGGAGGCCUAACUGGUGGUAAUUUGAAGCAUUUUGGUUCGCUUUGGGGGGCCAGUAGAGGCAAAAGGUCUGAUUUUUUUUAUCGAAUUGGUCGCCCUUUUGAUUGGAGAAUCGUCAAGCUCGGCGUGAGAGUUUCUUUGGCCUGUGCUCGCCUGAGAGUAGAAGGCUGUGGUUCUUGCUCGGCAAAAUUUGGGCUUAUCCUUAAAUCGGAAGGCGUGGGCAGCUAAAUUCACAAGGAAAGCUUCAGUUACCCACGGAAGAAGGAUUUCCCUUCUCUCUCAGAGACUCGGAUUGGUGAUGGCCCGGCGCUGAAUUGCUCUGAAAUCUGCCGAAAGCAUCGAUCUUUGUCUCCGAAAGAUCAGGGAUUGGGCCCUCGUAUCCCCAAUUCGCCCCACCUCCAAGACGGCGGUCGGGCUUGUAGAUGGGGUCGGGGUCGAGCAUCCUCGGUGCGGACGGGGAAUGGGGGGUGACGUCCCUUGGAGACAUGCCGGAGAGCUGCGUGGCGGCGGUGCUGCUCUACCUUGAUCCGCCGGAGAUCUGCCAAGUCGCCCGCCUCAACCGCGCCUUCCGCGGCGCUGCCUCCGCAGACUGCGUCUGGGCCGGGAAGCUGCCCGUCAACUACCGGUACCUCCUAGCCUUUGCAGCUGCCGCUGAUGACGAAGGUGGUGACGGCGGACACGGUAAUGGCAAGCGCAGCUCGCCCAGCAGCAAGAAGGAUAUUUUCGCGCGCCUAUGUCGACCGACUCCAUUCGAUUUUGGCAACAAGGAAUUCUGGAUUGACAAGAACAAGGGAGGUAUUUGCUUGUCUAUCUCCUCAAAGGCAAUGGUGAUUACAGGUAUAGAUGACCGGAGAUACUGGAGCCAACUUGCCACAGAGGAAUCAAGAUUCCACCAUAUUGCCUAUCUUCAGCAAAUUUGGUGGCUUGAGGUAGAUGGAGAGCUUGAUUUUUGCUUCCCUGCUGGUUCAUACAGCAUUUUUUUUCGGCUUCAUCUUGGACGACCAUACAGGCGCAUGGGCCGCCGUAUUUGUGGAACUGAACAAGUCCAUGGGUGGGAAGCCAAACCCACACGGUUUCAGCUCUCAACUUCAGAUGAACAACAUGCUACAUCAGAAUAUUAUCUAGAACAAGAAGGAAGCUGGAUACUUUAUCAUGUUGGUGAUUUUGUUGUACUGAACUCGGACGAGCUUAUGAAGCUCAAGUUCUCAAUGUUGCAGAUUGAUUGCACCCAUACGAAAGGUGGCUUGUGCGUUGAUUCAGUUUUGAUAUAUCCAAAAGGGUAUCGGCAUGAAAAGGCAAAUAUAGUGCACAUGUAGUGCUGCAGAAUGGUUGCAAUACUCCAGCAACAUGAGACAAUUCAGUGGGGUGUGGCUAGCUUUUUCCUGUCCGUUCUUUCCUGAAAGUCCAUGUGUAUAUUUUUUUCCCCUUGAGUUUUACAUGAUGUAAGGCCUUUUGUAUUCUUUUAUAGUGUUAGGGUAGGGAAGUAAAGGGCGAGUUUUUUUUUUAAAAAAAAGAACUUAAAUUGGCAUGAUAAUUGUUGAGUACAGAGUCCUAGUCGUUUAAAAGUAGGGACAGAUGCCAUCUUCAUAUGUAAUUUUUCAUCAGUGCAAUGAUGUUUGGCGAUCUGGAUAUUCCUCUUUGCUUAUUCCCAUGGCUUAAA